AUAUUUUACGUUUAUAUUGAUUUUUAUUUAUUUUGUUCAUUGGAUGGCAAAUUACCACUGCGCUAUAACGGAACGAUAUUAGCCGAUACUUCUAACUUCAUGUGUCAGUUGAAAAUAAAAAUGGCGGGUUGUCUGUGGUUUUAGACAAUUUUACUUGCUGGAUUCUGGAAACUGUGGCGUAAAAUGUUUCUUUUGUACGAGUGUGUAAAUUUUUGAUGCCCGGGCUGUACGUUAUAACUAAAGUGCAAAAAAGUACAACGGGAAGUAAUAACAUACGGAUUAAUUAUAGAAUGAAAUGGGGGAGUCGGCGGCUAUUAGCAAUGUUCUUUGCGAUGCUAUGGAAUAUUUAUUGACGUUAGGAAUUAAUCUUCGCCAGCGAUCUGAACUUCUUAAGGUUAAACGCAUACGAAAAGAUAAAUUAUUGAAUGUCCAUGCUGUUAAAAAAGCUGCAAGUAAAGUUUUGAAUUUAUGUGAAUUGUCAAAACAGUCGAUUAACAACGUUCAGUCAAAAGUGCAAAACGCAUUGACAUAUAUAAAUAAGGCGCAAGUGAAUAUUUUAAGCGGGAACAGUUCAAGUUCUGAUAGAAAUACAUCGCGAUAUGAAUAUUUUAAAUAUAAGUCCAUGACAUUAAAAAUUCGCUCGAAAAUUAAUAUAAAACACUAUACAUCAGUAAAAGUUUCGGUUAAGUCGAUUACAGCUUCUGUAUUAGAAAAAUACCCAGUUUACUAUGACUGUGCCUUAUAUCGAAUAAGAAGAAAGGCAACUCAAUCAGAGCAAGGAGAAACCUCGUAUAGUAAUUACGAUGAUAUUGAGAAUGAUUAUGUACCCAGCAAAUAUGAUCAAAAUGGUCAAAAAACAAAAAGUAUUUCAAACAGAGAUAUUCCAAAACAGUCAGAAAAUGAAUGCCAGGAUGGCCACAUUCUAAAAACAAGUAUGGACAAUGCUGGUCCUGAAGUCACUAAUAAAGUGACUGAUGAUAAAGAAAAAACUAUACAGGACAACUUGAACUUAGACAAAUGUAAAAACAAAGAAGAUACAGAUACUAAAAAUAUAGAAGAUAAUGAUACACACAUGAUCACUAAUAAAGUGACUGAUGAUAAAGAAAAAUCUAUACAGGAUAACUUGAACUCAGAGAAAUGUAAAAACAAAGAAGAUACAGAUACUAAAAAUAUAGAAGAUAAUGAUACAAGUAGUAGUAGUAUACAACGGAGUAAUCCAGAGAAAAGAAAAAGUACAGAUAGUGAUGAUAUUAUUGAGAUUCAUCCUAAAAUGAAAAAGAAGAAACAUAACAGAACCAUAGAUUCUAGUUCAGAUAAUGAAGUGCCAAUAUGUAAAACAAAUGGAAACAACUUGGAUGUAGAAAAAGCUUCUGAAAAAAAUGAACACAUUAAAAUAAGUAAAAAAACACUUCAAAAACAAAUUUCAGAUGAAGAUAACUGUUCUUCUGAUUUUCAAAAAAAAACUAGUGUAGAAAAUUGUAGUUCAGAUAAUGAAGUGCAAAUAUGUCAAGAUAAAGAAAAUGGAGACAGCUUGGACAUUGAAAAAGCUUCUGACAAAAAUGAACACAUUAAGAUAAGUAAAAACACACUCGAAAAUCAAAAUCCUGAUGAAGAUAACUGUACUUCUGAUUUUCAAAAAAAAACUCUUGCUGAAAUUAAUGAGGCCAAAAGUUGUGAAAGUGACAGAAGUGUGGAUUCAAACUCAUCCAAAAAAUCAUUCAUUAAGUGUGUAAACAUUAACAUGCUAUUAAGGCCAGAUGUACUACCAAGUAAAGAUUCUAGUAACCCACUAGAAUUGAGUUCAUCAAAAAAGGAGAAAACUUCUCAAAAAUUUAAUGAACGAUCAGGUAAAACGUAUAGUAGAAGAAACAAGAAACAAUCAAAAUCAGAUGAUGAUAGCUACUGGAAAAUUAAACGGCAAGAAGUAAAGUCUUUUAAACCAAAACAAUUUACUAUAAAUAUAAUCAGGCUGCCUAAGUUGACUAUAGAUUUUCUCAGAAAAGAGAGUUUGAAAAAAAUCACACAACAGGAUACUGUGGUGUGUGAAGUGUUGGAUGAGAUAGAACAGAAAAAUAAUGAGAAUAUGAAUAGUGAUAUUGAUAAUUCUACCAAAACAUGUUCUAAAAUAAACGUAACAAAUGAGACUAUUGAUGUAAAUAUUGCUAAAAAAGCAUUGCUUGAAGCUUCAUCAUCUGAUAAUUCAGAUGUAGAGAAGGAUAUUAGUAAAAGUACUGAAGGCAAAACUAUUAUGAUACAGGAAAAAGAGAAAACCCCAGAAAAUACACUGGAGUUGAGCCCUGUACAGGAUAAAAUUAAAUCAAGUUUAUUGAACUCCUCUGAUGAAAAUUCAAGAACUCCCAUUAAACAUAAGUUAUCAGUUUCUAGAAGAAUGCAUAUGAGGAAAACUAUGCAGGCAAAGAAAAAAGUUAUUUAUUCCAGCUCUGAUACCGAAGAUGAACUAUUAACAAAUGCCUUAAAUGCAAUUAAAGAUAAAAGAUCAGCAGAGAAAAAGAAGCAACAGGACAGGUCAUCGUCACUUGAGGCUAACACUCCAAUUGACGAGGCUAUGAAUGUGAAUCAUAAUAAUACUGAUGAAACUAAUUCCACAUCAACCAAGGUUAGGACAUAGUUAUGUAUUAAAAAUUAUACAUCCUAAUGUUAAUUGUACUAGUGUUGUUAUAUAAAUAAUGUAACUUUGUUGAUUAUAAUGUUCAAUCAAAAAUAAUAUAUCCAUAACUUGUAAUGUAAGUUUAUUCUAUCUCCAUUGCAUUCUUAAAAUUGUCUUGUUCUUAAGAUUAAACAUUUGCUGAUUUCAAGA